AUGGGCCUAGAAGAAAAGCUCACCCUCGAGAAGUUCCACCGGCUCUAUGAGCAGCUCUGUACUUGCGUGAGGAGCCCGGAGAGCGUCCGGAUCUUGCUCGAAGAGGUCCAGCACCCCUUUCUGCCCAUGUACGCGGACCUCUGCGCGCGCCUGGCCGCGGAUGCCCGCGUGAAGGCUGCUUGGCCUUCGAGCGAAGCAGAGGUGUCAGAGCUGCUUCGCGCAGCCAGGCUACUUGCCGCAGAGGAACAGGGCAUGAGCGGCUCUGUGCCUUCCUCGGACAGCCAUCGUCUUUGUGACCUGCUCUUGUUUGUGGUUUGCGCUUGCUGGUCCUCGCGUGCGCCCUGCGCGUGUUUCUCUUCCGAUCAAGCUCACUUGGCCAUGGCUCAAUACGGGAAAGCCGAGUACUGGGAGGAGCGCUACACGCGAGAUCCGGAACCUUUCGACUGGUACCAGCGAUGGGCCGGUCUCAAGGACACCUUCAGCGAGUAUGUGCAGCCAUCCCACAGCGUUUUGAUGCUCGGCUGUGGCAACUCGAGGCUCAGCGAGGAGAUGUACGAGGAAGGCUUCCACAGUAUCACCAACAUUGACCUGUGCAUGACCGUCAUCAAAGCGAUGCAAGAAAAGUAUCGUGACAAGCCCGGCAUGACCUACAAACAGAUGGACGGACGCUCCAUGGAACUUCCGGAUGCCAACUUCAACAUUGUGAUCGACAAGGCCUGCUUGGACUCCAUACUUUGUGGCGAGGGCUCCACACACAAUGCUCAGAAGCUGCUCACGGAGGUCUCCCGCGUUUUGCAGCCGAACGGAGUCUACGUCGCCGUCUCCCAUGGCCAGCCAUCGUACAGGUUGACCUACUUACAGCGCCCGGAGUUUGGCUGGAAUGUGAAAACAUACACGGUGCAGAAGCCUAUGAUGGGAAUGACGGCCUCUCUGUCGGCGGACGACAAAGACAGCGUCCACUACAUCUAUGUUUGCGUGAAGGGCGAAGUGGCCAAGGAGGGCUGA